AUGAUAACAAAACUUAAAAUCGAAGACAAUGUAGCAGUUCAACAGGUUUUGUUCAAAGCAUAUAAUAAUAGUUCAGAAUCUGAAAUUUCUCUAAUCAAAAUGUUGGUCUGGAUUAACUACGAGGGUAUUAGAUAUCCUGUGGUUCUUCCAGAGAAUCCAAUUGUUCAAGACAUCAAAGAAGCAAUUCAUAAUGAGCAGCACCUUAGAUUUGAAGUAGAGGAACAACUGCUAUUGUACCAAAGUAUCUACCUGGGAGAUAAUAAUGACACAGUUGAAUAUUAUGGAAUUCAACCUAAUUCUGAAAUCAUAGUUCUUGUUAUGAGGCGUAUCAAAAUUGAUUAUAACUUGGCGAGGUUUACUGUGACGAUUUGGGACCAAUCAUGGGUUUUUCAACUCAAACACAAAUUUUCAGUAGCGACUCGUAUAAAUUAUGAUAAAUUGGUGUUUCUUCUCAAUGGUAGCGAGUUGAAAUUCGAUCGAAAGAUCUCAUCUAUUCCGCUGGAGGAUAAUCUUGUUGCUGUUCUCUUAUUUGAAAUUAAAAUUAUUGAAGAACACGAAAACAGUUAUGACGUAAUAGUCCAUAACCUGAUGACAGUUGCACAAGUGAAACAGAAACUCUAUAGGAGUCAUCUCCUUGACCCUGAAAAACUGAAGCUAUACUACUAUAGUAUGGAAACGACAACUUUUCUUGAAGACGAUAGAACUUUGAGGUCUUAUGAAAUUCUUCAGGAAGGAACCGUAAUCCAUGCGGUUCGCGAACAAUCUUAAGUAGAUUUAUGUUUGUCUUGUCAUAUAAUAUUAGAAAAAUAAAAGAGCUAGGGAUAUGGUUUCUUUUUUUUUUUUUUCUUUUAAGGCUUUUAACUUAGUUUCUGAAAUGAAAAUAAUAAAUGUUUCUCCUUUCAAAAUAAAUAAAUA